CAAAGGACCAAUCGGUUAAGGAGAAAUCAAACCGGUCAAGAUUCUGAGUGAUGGCAUAAUUUGUUUAACUACAACAACAGAAGAGUUUGCCUACUAGAGAUUUAUGAAAAUGAAAUACUCUCCUCUGCUUCUUUUUCCUUCUAACAGUGGGUAAGAGAUUGUGACCAAAGAUUUACCUGCAAGUCAAAUAUCAACAGAUAUUAGAAAAUCAGUAGAAGGUAGCAGUUACCAAAAAGGAUGGAGCCUGGGAAACUCUUGGAUCCCCUGUCAGAAACAAGCAGCACUCCAAAAAAGCAUGGCAGUCCCCAUGAAUGCUCAGAGUGUGGGAAACCCUUUGCUCUCCAGUCCCUCCUUUUGACCCACAGGAAGGUCCAUAUGGGAAGUGGAUCCAGUCAAGGUUUGAAGAGUGAAAGGUUCUUCUCUGAAAAAGACACUAAAGGUCUCAGAAGCCCCCCCAGACUAAAACCCUAUAAAUGUGAUGAAUGUGACUUAUGCUUUGCUCAAAAGUCACACCUUCUUAAACAUCAGAAAAUCCACACUAGACAGAAACUUUAUCAGUGUCUGGAAUGUGGGAAUUUUUUCCAUAAAAAAGUCACUCUCCAAAAGCACGAGAUGAUUCACACAGGGGAGAAACCUUACAAGUGCUGGGAAUGUGGGAAGAGCUUUUCGCAGAAAUCAGGUCUUUGGAUCCAUGAGAAGAUUCAUGCAGGAAUAAGGUCUUACAAAUGCUUUGAGUGUGGAUAUUCUUUCACCCGGAGUUCAUCUCUUCAGAAUCAUUGGAAAACACACACAGGGGAGAAAAACGAAAAGUGCCUCGAAUGUGGGAGAUGUUUUUCCCAGAAAUCAUCCCUGGUGCGACAUCAGAAACUACACACUGGAGAUAAACCCCAUGAAUGCCCAGAAUGUGAGAUCUGUUUUAGGUAUUAUUCUGAACUUCAGAGACACCAGAUGAGGCACAAAGGGGAGAAACCCUAUCAAUGUGGGGUGUGUGGGAAAAGGUUUGUUGCACGAAGAGAGAGAGAGGGGAUCAUCAGAGAAUCCACACAGGGGAGAAGCCAUUCCAGUGUGGGGAAUGUGGGAAACGCUUUUCCCAAAAACAUCACCUUGGAAGGCAUCGGAGGGUUCACAGGGGAGAGAAGCCAUACAGCUGCGUAGAAUGUGGAAAAACUUUUGCUCAUAAGGAAUCCCUUUCGACACAUCAUAAAACCCACACAGGGGAGAAGCCACAUCAAUGCAAUGAAUGUGGAAGCUUUUAUAUUUCCAUAUCAGCCCUUAGAAGUCAUGUGAAAAUUCACAUAGGGGAAAAAAAUCACAAAUGUUUAGACUGUGGGAGAGCAUUUGCUCAUUCAUCUUCCCUCAGAGUUCACAGCCGAAUCCAUACAGGAAAGAAACCCCACAAAUGCCCAGAUUGUGAUAAAUGUUUUUCACAGAAAGGUUCUCUUGUGAUGCAUCAACGAAUCCACAUUGGGGUUGCGGGAAAUGUCUGGACUGUGGAAAUUGUUUUUCCCAACCUUCAGUACUUUGCAGGCAUACCAGAAAUCACACAGGAGUCUAGCAUCACAAAUGUGCAGAGUGCGGGAAACCUUUUCACUGUAAAUCAGAACUAAAAAUGUACCAGAAAGUUCAUAGCAGAGAUAAAUCUCUUCUGUUGUGAAUAAUACGAGAAACAUUUUUUUAAAAGUCACACCUUACCAUUCAUCAGCAAUUUCACACAGUGACAGAAGGGAAAUCCUACAAUUGCUUGGUGUUGGGAGCGUGAGGAUGUUUUGCUCACAAAGCUGUAUGAGUAACUUACCAGCAUGAUUACCCAAAAGACUUACUAGUGUUUGGGGAGUAUAUAUAAUGUUUUGCAGAGUACAGAGAGUCCUCGAGUUAUGUCCAUAACUGGGAAUGGAUUUCCAGUCAUAAAUCGAGGCACGCAGGUGUUUUAGUUAAUUCCUACUAGAGCUUUGUUGAUCCAUAGGGAGAACCGGAGAUUCAGGGAGGAGAAAAAUGGGGUGAGACUUGGAUGAAGAUGCCUCUGGUUGUUUAUUUAGAGACAAAUAAAUUGUAGAGGUUGUUUUUUUAGUGUUGAUGUUGAAUCUGCUGCUGAGGAUGAAGAGGAAACUAUUUUUCCCAUUAUCUUUUUUGGAGGGAUUUUUCUUUUU